AGGGAAGGGUUUAAGCAGAGUACAGAGGAUGAAAGAGAGAAUGGUUGGGACAGAAUUAAGGCAUUAUUUGACGUGAGGUCAGUGUUUUCGGUACAAAAAAGAUUACAGUAUCUACUUUCUUUUUUUAGGCAAGGGUUGGGGGUGGGGGGUGAUGUUCAAGUGGGAUGCUUAAGACAGAGGUGAAAACUUCAUCAUAGUGAGCAUAAAUUAUCUAGGAUGGGGAAUUUGCAUAGCCAUGAGAAGGAAAAGUAGGCAUUAGUAGAGGAUUUACAGCAUUAUACUUGUCCGGGCUGCUUCUAUAUUUGUAACUUUUGAUUCUAUCUGUGAGUGACAUCCUGCAUCCAUCCAGAGAAAUCUCUUCACAAAGUACUUCUGUUUUCCAACAUUUCACGUAAUAACUGAAUUUGGAAUUUUUAUUGAACUUUUAUUUUAGCCACUUCUGGAAAAACAUUAUGAAUUAAAAGUUAUUUUUAUUAUUUAUAUCCAGUGAAGGGCCAAGAGAGGAAAUUCAGCAUAUCCCAAGUGUUGUUUGCUAUACAUCAGCAUUUGCCUUCCUGCUCGGUGGCCAGUUUGGCAAACGGAUUGCAGAUGACCAUUAUCGCCGACAUAAUCAGCUCACUGUGUAUCAGUCUGCAAUGCAUGCUCAAAGACAAUACCAAGCCUCGGUUGCCUUAGGCUUUGCAAAGUAUGGUGGCCGAUGGGGUUGGAGAGCUGGCGUCUUCUCGGGUAUUUACAGGUAAGUAAAACAAAAGAAAGUAAUGAAAGGAAAUAGUAAAGGUACUUUUUUGCUGAAAAUUGUGAAAAAAAGUUAUUUUCAUGAUGAAGUAUCAUAUUCACACUGCUUGUUUUCAGGUCCAGAAAAAAAUAAGAGAGAGAGUGAGAAAAUACAAGAAACUAUGGAGAACAAAAUAGUACAGAUUAUAUAACUAAACAUAUACAAUUUUUAAAUCAGUGUGCAAUGGCCAAAGUAGCAAAGCUUUCCAAAGAUUCUUUUGACUGCUGCAUCUUAUUUAUUGAUAACACUGAAGUUGCCAUGUAUUGCUUAUCCAAUCCUUUAUAUAUGAAUUUUCAGUUUCCUCCUUGUUGCGUGUGAGGCGUAUCGAAACAAAGAUGAUGCAUUGAAUUACUUAGCCACUGGAGGUAAGGUUUUUGCAGACCUUAUUCUUUCCUUUUUCAUCAUUGCAAACAUGUACAAAGUUCACUCUAUUUCUCAGGGAAAAAUGGCACAAUACAGCGUCCUUAUUUAUAAUGUCCUUAGGGUGGUAACAUCAUUCAGACCUUUGCAAGUCCUUUUAAUAAGACCAAGAAUUCCGACCCCCAUAUAAACAAAUCAACCCAGUCCCCAAAUUAAUCUGGCUCAGGAUCAUUAUGACAAAAUAGUCUACUUUUUGGUGAUGAAAUGUGUGCAAAAAAGCUGCAGAAACCAUACUUUGAUCAUUUUAAUUUGUUGGGGAAAUAGGCUAAUUAAUUCCAAACUAAAGCACACAGAAGCUCAAAAGUUUAAAUUCUAUCAAAGAGAUUCCCAGAUAAACCUGAAGGAGUGGCAAAAUUAAGUGCCCCUACCACAUGUACACUGCCUGCUGAAAAAUCUGUCUUCAUAGAGGCCAUUCUGGAGAGUUUUGUCCACAGUGAUUGUUGUUGAAAGAUUACCAUAACCAUGAACACACCUUGUCUGAUUCCUUUUUUAAAUGUAUUUGAUUUAAUGUAGCCUCAACUGGUGCCCUUUACAACAUAUUUUCUGGCUGGCGUAAAAUGUUGGUCGGAGUGCUGGUAGGAGGAGGCCUGAGGUAAGAUGGAGGGCUGUUUUUCCCCUUGGAAGUGCUAGGUAUAUGCUGCACUUACUGUGCAAGGCUGUGAUCUAAGAAGAAUGGAGGAGAGUCCAGUGUUCAGCUGAACCUGUAGCCUGCAAGAGCAUCCAUUUUUUUGGUUCAAGUUUCUAGUUGUUCUCGGUGGAAGAAACUAGAAACUUGAGCCGAAAAAACCGGAAGCUCUCGCAGGCUACACCUGGGAUGAUUUCUAUGAAAAAACUAAGAAUUUCUUGUUGUGCGGGAGCAAACCUGUAAGAUGCCAGGUGCCACCGGGCACUGUUAAAGCACAGCCCUGCAGUGCAGUUAUUUUGAAAGUUUUUUUUAUCCAAAAAGGAGACUCGCAUUAAUAAUUCAAUUUGUUGUUUUAUAACUCUCUUCAAGCAAAAAACAAAAAAUGCCACUGUGAAGGACAUUUGGAAAUAAGAUCUUACCUUAGAAUUUGCAAACUUACUAGGUUUGAAUCUCUUUAGUAUUUUGUUGUUAUUUGAGAGACUGCAUUGGUAAAUGUGUAAUUCAGUUUCCAGAUGCAUCAGUCUCAAUUCAUUAAAAAAAGUUUGGGUAUGCCUCAUAUUUUUUCCACCCACUUCCACUCUCCUUCCUAGAGGGCUCUUUGUGUCUCAGGGAAGCCGGCAAGAGGGGAAAGAAGGCAUUUUUUAUUUUAUUGGAAUACAGUCAACUCUCUCUAAGACGGACACCUUUGGGACCGGCACUAAGUGUCCAUCUUAGAGAGGUGUCCGUCUUAUAGAGAGUCAAAUAAAGCGAGUAAAGAAAGGCAGGGACCAACUCUAAGUGUCCGUUUUACAGAGGUGUUUGUUAAGAGAGAGUCGACUGUAACCAGGAGGGAGCCCCUCCGCAAAGGAAAGACCCCACUUUUCAGUGCCAGGAUAUUGAGCAAACACUGUUGUUCUGUCAAUAACAUUACUUUUAACUUUUGAGUCUGGAUUAAGUAUGACCGGUUAAGUGUUCCUUUUCCCACCCAAAUUAAUAUUGUUCAAUUUGCAACUUAAUUUAAUUUAUUUUUUUAACUAAAUAGAACUAUUUCUGAAUUGUUAGCUUGCCUGUUGGUUUAAUUGCACAAAUUGGAAGUGCAGUCUUACCAGAGGAAUAUAAACCAAAGAAAGUUCAACAACAGUGUGACAAUAAAAGUGAAUGGUAUGUAUACUUUUUCCCUUUGAGAGCUAAUGAUGAAAAAUUGUAACUUAUCAGUAUUCACAACCAGUAAUUAAUGGUGGAAACUAAAGUGUACUUGUUUGUAAGUUGAUAUCAGCAUGUUCUAUAAAGUUAUCUCUCGUAUACAAACUUCACAGGAAACAGCGUUUGGAAGUAACCAGCACCUUUAUAGAAGCUAUGGAAAAAGAACUUAAUGAAGACAACAACUCCCAGACUGACAAAAGAUAG